CGGAAAAUGAAAACAGAAACCAAAAUCUCUCUCUCUCAGUCUUGACGCUUCUCCUUCUCCUUCUUCUUCCCAUCUCUCCAGCAAAUCUCAAAACCCCAAAAACCACACACAGUCCCCAGCCAUGGCGUCUCACUCUCACCCCUCAAAGUCAGCUCCUUGAUGGUCAAACCCCACCUCAUCUCCUUCAGCCUCCCCGCGAGCUCCGUUUGCUUUGAUUGGUUCCGAGCUGCCGUCUCCCCCGUUCUCUUCCCUCUGAUCCCUCAAUAGAGUGACAAUGUCCAACUCCGGCGGUUUCGCUGUCACCCGGACCCACCCCGACAGCCGCUUCUACCACCCGCCUCCCGUCCGGAGGCACCAGCAGCAGCUCCUCCUCCAGCAGCAACAGCAGCAGCAGAGGCAGCAGCAUCUGCAGAAGCCGGUGAGGAGCGAGGUGGGACGAGUCGACCCGGCCGAGUCGGAGCCCGCCCGGUCCGAGUCCGACGAGUCCGCAUUGUCCGUUUCCAGGCCCAGCUCGGUCUGCUCCUCCUCCACUCACCGGACCGCCGAUUUGACCCACUUGGAUCGGCUUAUCGAGUCUGUCACCCCGUCCGUCAGGGCUCACCACUUGCCUGAGGUGAGAACAAGACGAGGGAGAGCAAGAGAAUCUGAUUUUCGGCAGUAUUUUUCAUUGUGCGACUUAUGGGAGGCUUUCAGAGAGUGGAGCGUAUAUGGAGUGGGAGUGCCGCUGGUAUUGAAUGGGAGCGAACCUGUCAAGCAGUACUAUGUUCCAUCGCUAUCAGGGAUCCAGUUGUAUGUAGAUACACUUAGAAUGAGGAAACCUGGGGAGGAUAGUGAUGCAGAGUCCUCAAGAGAGACGAGCAGUUGUGGAAGCAGUGACUGUGAAGCAGAGAGGAAGGGAAAGGGCAAUAUAGAUGGAAUGUGCAGUCAACAGAAUUUCAUGAACUUUAACUCUCAAAAGAUGAACAGGCUUGCGCUGAGAGAUAAUAAGCCUCCCACGAGUUCUUCAGGUGAUGAAGCAGAGGUUGGUAACUCUCCAGGAAAGCUAGUCUUCGAGUAUUUGGAGCAAGAACAACCCCACCAUCGCAAGCCUCUUUAUGACAAGGUCUUGAAUCUUGCCACUCAGUUUCCUGACCUGAAGAGGUAUAGAAGCUGUGACUUAUUGCCUGCAAGUUGGAUCUCUGUUGCCUGGUAUCCUAUAUACAGAAUACCUGUGGGCCCAACUCUGCAGAAUCUCGAUGCAUCCUUCUUAACCUUCCAUCGAUUGUCGACACACUCAAGAAUUGCUGCAGGCAAAAUUGAGCCACAACUACAUGUCCCUGGUGGCAGAAAGGUGUAUGGGCUCGAUCCGUCCACCAGGUUCUCUCUCCCGGUGUUUGGUAUCGCUUCGUACAAACUGAGGGGCUCGAUCUUGACCCCUAACAGUGCCCACGAGUGGCAGCAGGCAAACUCUCUACUGCAGGCUGCCGACGACUGGCUCAGGCGGUUGCAGGUCAAUCUUCCUGACUACCAAUUCUUUAUCUCCCAUAACUCACACUGGAGAUGAAAAUUAAUCCAAUCCUUGUUAUGCAACUCUGUGCUAUAUGGCCAUGAUGUAUUUAGGGCUAUUAAAUUUUCGGAAAGAAAGGUGAGAUAGAAUAUUUGUGUGGUUUCUCUUUGUUCGGCCACAUGAGAUUAAGAAAAGUUUGAUUUUUUCUCUCUUUUGCUGUUGCCCUUGAUAUACUUGUAAUUAGUAUCUCACACACUUACUUUUCCCCCUUAAGAAUUUACCAGUUAAAGAGGGGGAAGAUGAAGAAAUUGUUUAUUGAUUUGAGCUCGGGGUAGCUCUUGAGAUUAUUCCCUUCGCCGGAAUCUCGAAUUGGUUGGAAUUAGAGGAAAAUUGUCACUGCUGCUAA